AGUGCAGAGCUCACCUCUUGCCUUAUUCUAGAUUCUUCCAGCCCAUCCUACAGAUUUCCUUGACUUUGUGACACUUUCCAUUGCUUCUAUGCUUUCUUUCUCCUUAGAACAAAUACUUUGCUUCUUUCCAGGUUUCAGAGCCACUCGACCAGAUUUCAUGCAUCACCGCAGGCAGGUCAUGAAGCCCCAGGUAGAUGACACUGAGGAUUCUGAUGAAGAAUGGACACCAAGGCAGCAAGGUAAACUUUCUUCAGUGGCCUUCAGAGUGGAGCACACUAAACACAAGAAGAGAAUGUCCAGGGCACCAUUAAGUAAGGAAUCUAGUUCGAAGGAGUUGCCAGGAGCAGCAAAAUCACUGAAGACAAGUGGCUCCACGCAGGCUAAGAAACCAGUGCCCCAUCACAGAAAAGCAAGGACCCCUGGACAACACCCCAGACAAAAAUCCGAACUCAGAGAAAAGGAGACUGGAGUGAAGAGGUACAGUCUGCGAGAAAGAAAGGGCCACGUGUACCAAGAGGUCAGCGAGCCCCAGGAUGACGACUACCUCUAUUGUGAAGAGUGUCAGAACUUCUUCAUUGACAGCUGUGCUUCCCACGGGCCCCCAACCUUUGUAAAGGACUGUGCAGUGCAAAAGGGGCAUGCCAAUCGCUCAGCCCUCACUCUGCCCCCUGGAUUAAGCAUCAGACUGUCGGGCAUCCCUGACGCUGGGCUUGGAGUGUGGAACGAGGCAUCCGAUCUGCCGCGGGGCCUGCACUUUGGCCCCUACGAGGGCCAGAUCACAGACGAUGAAGAGGCCGCCAAAAGUGGAUAUGCCUGGCAGAUCACUAAAGGGAGGAACUGCUUCGAGUAUGUGGAUGGAAAGGACACGUCUUGGGCCAACUGGAUGAGGUAUGUGAACUGUGCUCGGGACGACAAGGAGCAGAACCUGGUGGCCUUCCAGUAUCACGGGCAGAUCUUCUACCGAACCUGCCAGGUGGUCAGGCCGGGCUGUGAGCUGCUGGUCUGGUACGGGGACGAGUAUGGUCAGCACCUUGGCAUCAAGCGGAACAGCAGGGGAAAGAGUGAGCUUGCGACCGGCAGAGAACCAAAGCCCGAGAUCCACCCAUGUGCCUCCUGCUCUCUGGCCUUCUCCAGUCAGAAAUUCCUCAGCCAACACAUCCAACGCAGUCACCCCUCUCAGACCCUCCUGAGGCCAUCUGAAAUAGACCCCCUCCAACCUGAGGAUCCCUGCCCAGGCUAUCAAAAUCAGCGAUAUUCAGAUCCACACAGCCCAAGCAACAAACCUGAGGGUCAGGAGGCCAAGGACAGGCCCAAACCUUUGCUGAAAAGCAUAAGGCUGAAGAGGAUUUCAAGGGCCUCUUCCUACUCACCCGGAGGACAAAUGGGGGGUUCUGGGGUGUAUGACAGAAUGAAAGAAGAGCCCAGCACAAGCCAGACACUGAAUCUGGAGGACACAGGCACAUUGCUCACAGGGGCAGGAGUCUCAGGGAUGAUGAAAGUCACAUACAGAGAGUGUGGGCAAGGCUCCAAGGACAAGUCAAGUCUCAUCACACAGGAGAGGCCACACACAGGGGAGAAGCCGUAUGUUUGUGGGGAGUGUGGGCGAAGCUUCCAUCAGAAGUCCCAUCUCACCACACACCAAAGGACACACACAGGGGAGAAGCCCUAUGUUUGCGGGGAGUGUGGGCGAAGCUUCCGUCGGAAGUCCCAUCUCAUCACACACCAGAGGACACACACAGGGGAGAAGCCCUAUGUUUGUGGGGAGUGUGAGCGAAGCUUCAGCGAUAAGUCAGUCCUCAUCAGACACCAGAGGACACACACAGGGGAGAAGCCCUAUGUUUGUGGGGAGUGUGGGCGAAGCUUCAGUGAUAAGUCAAAUCUCAUCUCACACAAGAGGACACACACGGGGGAGAAACCCUAUGUUUGCCGGGAGUGUGGGCGAAGCUUCAGUAAGAAGUCAGAUUUCAUCAGGCACCAGAGGACACACACAGGGGAGAAGCCCUAUGUUUGUGGGGAGUGUGGGCGAAGCUUCAGUCAGAAGUCAGAUUUCAUCAGGCACCAGAGGACACACACAGGGGAGAAACCCUAUGUUUGUGGGGAGUGUGGGCGAAGCUUCAGUCAGAACACCCAUCUCAUCUCACACAAGAGGACACACACAGGGGAGAAGCCCUAUGUUUGCGGGAAGUGUGGGCGAAGCUUCUGUCAGAAGUCAGCCCUCAUCAGACACCAGAGGACACACACAAGGGAGAAGCCCUAUGUUUGUGGGGAGUGUGGGCAAAGCUUCAGUCAGAAGACCCAUCUCAUCUCACACAAGAGGACACACACAGGGGAGUAGCCCUAUGUUUGCAGGGGGUGUGAGUGAGUCAUGACCAACAAACCACACCUUAGCCACAGGAGGAUUACUGAAGGCACCCCAUGCCUCAGCUCUAAGGGGGCCUCAGAGGAGGUCUGUGACCCGUUACUCUCCCCAGGAGUAUGAGGAGAGACUUCCCAGGUGGUCCAGGGGUCAAGACUCCAAUGCAGAGACCCACGUUCAAUACCUGAUUGGGGAACUAGCUCCCACGUGCUGCAAAGAAGACACAGCACAGAUGAAUAAAUAAAUAUAUAAUAAAUAUUUUAAAGAGUGUGAUAUGCACAGAAUUACUUGCUAAAUAGACCUUCCACUUUUGUGACAUGAGAGGAAGUAGAUAAACAGCAGAGGGUUUCUUAAGUGUUCUGUUCAUGCCAAUUGCCUUCGUGGUUUUUUAGUACUCCUAAGAAAUUUUGGCUCCAAACAGAUCUGAAGCCCAGACUAUGUACUCGUUCCCCCUUAUCACUGACAGCAGUGGAGUCCAGUCGAAGCUGAACCCCUGGGAAGGCAUAAUUCUGGAGCCAAGUCAGGUCACUGGACAGUCAGUUCCUGGGACCAGAGAGAGGAAUGUAGAGUUGAGACAGACUCACCAGGGAAGGGAAUUCCUCGGCUUCCUGGGAAGUGGGGCCUCUCCUCCUUAUAGACCUCGGCUCUCCUUUGGCCUCUCCUGGUGGCCCUCUUGUUCCCUCUGACUUCUGUAGCCGCAAAGGUGAAGGCCACGUGCACGUGUGUGUAUGUGCACGUGCGCCUGGCUCAGCAUGGGCCUUCUGGUCUCUGCCGCUCCCUCAGUGUCAUCACAGCAUCUGGACUCCAGAUUUGACCACCGGGGUCCAGUUCUUAGCCCUGCCCCCAGCAGCUGUGUGAGCUGGGGCAAGAUGCUCAACCUCUCUGUGUCUCUGUUCUCAUCUGUGAUACGGGGUGGGAAAACUAGCAUUUUGGUCUGAUGCGUAAGCACAGGCGGAAUCUGGCAGAGGCUGGCUGAGAACGCAAGCCCCACUUUUGCUGUCCUUUGUGUUUUUUUCUUCAAUCUUUUUCAUUUUUUAAUAGAAGGAUAAUUGCUUUAAAGAAUUUUGUUUUCUGCAUGUCCUUCAGCCCCCACACCUUCCAGGUCUUCAGAGCUAGACGAGGAAGGGGCCGUUUAGGCACUAGGCUGUCCUGAUGAGGGGGUGUGAGGUCAGAGGUCCUAAGGGAGGGUGAUCUCCCUUUCCACCCCUGCCGUUCCUGCUGAGCUGGGCAGCCCCAGGGCCCCUCCACAGCCAGGCAGUGCCCACAGUCCUCAACGCUGCUGAGAACAGAGCCUGGAGCCACGUUUGCAGGAAAUCCCUGACCGGCCCCCAUCCCACCGCCACACGUAGGGUCCUUGAAGCCCACACCGUGGCUUCUCUAUGCAUGGGCCUUGUACCUGUGCCCGUGCGCUCUGGGCAACGCUCUCGAGACCUUGAAAUUCUUACUGUGGAACAGCUCAUCCUUACACUUCCCUUUCAUGACUUAAGUCUGAUGGGUCCCGGGGUGAGCUGUGAGCGCUCACACAGCACGGGUCCCUGGGUGACCAGGCUGCACGAGGGGACAAAGUGAACACAAAGCUCCCCACACACACACACACACACACACCCUGGGUGAGUGUGGGUGGGGAGAGCACCAGGAAGCCACGCUUGCUCAGAUCCAGAACUGAGCUCCGACACAGAGUGGGGGCAAUGGGGUUCUUAAGGUCGAAAACACCCUCCCCUCUGUGAAUGACCUCUGCCCUGUCCUGAUCCUUCCAGAAGGGGUUCAGGAGGCUGAAGUCCGCCUGGCCACCAGAAGACAAGGGGAGAGUGGGCCACGGGGCGGGGGGUGGAGGGUGCAAAUUUCAGGACUCGGGGCAACGGCCCUCAGUUCCUUCCAUGUGCCAGGCUUGUGAAGUGUCUCUACAUGAACCGUGUCACUAAUAACCACCCACUAUUAUUUUCCUGUUUCUGUCAUGCUUUCUUAAAGGAACCGGUUUGUCUGCGGCUUGGUUUCCCUACAGGAAGGAAAGCCACAUAAACUUCCCAUCUUGUGUGGCUUCAGGCCGGGGCCACGGGAGAGAGAAUUAGGGGUGGUGCAGGCCGAGGGGCUUCAACGGAAAACUCUGGGGACCCAGAAACCUGCAGGGGCUUCUCACCUGCACCUCCCACCAGAGCUGCGCCUGAAAUCACCUGGAAGGCUGAGCAG